AUGAAAUUAAGCAGACGAGAAGUCCCACUGUAUGGGGAGGCGAAGGUGUAUGCGUCGAUCGAAGGGUGCGAGGAUACAGAAUUGUUUGUGGUUCUGGAAGGCUCCACCCUGAAACACACAGUACCCGUACGACACCACAAUAUGUUCUACUUCAUCGCACCAGGCCAUAAUUGCGAGGAGCGCGUGUGUGUGCAGGCCUUUAGACACUCGGGCGAUGGUCUGGAGCUGGUGGGAGUGGCCUAUCUGUGGUACGUGGCAGACGACGCCCAACAUCUCGCAGAGUUCCUGGUAACCCACAGCAACCAGCUCACCGCCUCCACACACCGGCUGCUGAUUGGUCAAUACAACUUGAGUGACAGCUGCAUGCGCGCACAGAUGGACAGGCGAGUUACUAUGGCGACAGCAAACCUGCACCUCCCCUUAACACUCCUGCUCUUCAAACCACAAGAGUCUCUACUGCAUGUGGCAGUGCGUCUGGGCUUUGAGUGUUUGCUGGAGUUCCUGCUGAGCCAACCAGGUGCCUUGCUGGCAGCCAGCGCAGCCAAUGAGCAUGGAGACACACCGCUUCAUCUGGCACAGCUGACCAAUCAGAUGCAGAUCCUCAGGCUGCUCAGCAGGUAA